AUGGCACGUGUAAGUGCUUCGAGGGAUGAGAGUGCAGAGGCAUGGUGUUACUUACUGUGUUUGAUCGGGUCCACGCUUUUUGUGGACAAGAGUUCUGAUCGUGUUCGUGGAUGGUUAUACUCUUACUUCAGAAAUUUGGCGAUGGUUGGUAAGUAUGCAUGGGGUGCUGGUGCGCUUGCCUGGAUGUAUAGGCAGCUUGGGAGAUCUAGUCGAGCAGGUUCUGGGGGAUUUUCUGGGUGUUUGACUUUGCUACAGGCUUGGAUUUACGAGUAUUUUCCAUCGCUGCGCAUCAACAGACGUGCACCAGAGCCCAUGACAGAGGGAGGCUCGUUUGCUAGGAGGUGGGAGGGUCCUAUUCGUGGAGGGGAUUUACAGCGAAGGUCGGAUCAUUAUCGUCGGCUGUUGGAUGGAUUUACAGCGGCCCACGUGGAUUGGCUUCCUUUUGGUGUUAACCCUGGUCGUGCAGAGCCUAGAUCUUUGUAUCGGGGUGUGAUACGUGUCUACGAUGUUGCUGAGACAUACGAUCCCUCACGUGUCCUCUGUAAGUUUGGCUACAGACAGGUGAUUCCUGAUCCUGUUAUUGUACCAUGUGAUGUCAGUCGACCUGCUGUUGGGACCUAUAAGGUCAUCUUUGGAGCAGGGAUUGAUCAGCUUUGGGGGACUCGCGGCCAGUUGAUCAAUCUGGAUGCCUUCUCCACACCUUUUGAUGAAAUCAGAGACAUUGACCCAUUGUACCUUAAGUGGUACACAGAGCGCACCCACCUACACAUUGUCCCCUCCAGAGAUGGUGAGCAGCAGGGGUCGGCGCCAUUGACGUAUGAGAUUGUAAGUUUGAAUUCAUUUUCGUUUUGGUUUAUUGAUAGUGAUCUCUUGCUUUUCGUUUUUGUAACACUUAAGUUUAUUCCUUAG